AUGCAGUACGAAUAUGGCACGAGCCUGUUCCCGACGCGGUCGGAGGAUCAGGAGAUCUUCUGGAAGACGGCGACCACUUUCUACAACAAGUUCAUCAAGACUCAGGGCAAGGACACGAAAGCUAGGGUCAUGAUGCUGAUCUGCCGCGAGAGCUGGAAGGACAACCCAGCGGUCCAAGCAGCUGUUCAGCAAAACUCGUUGAUGGACAUGAAGGGCUUGGUCACGCAGGCGAACAUUGCCGAGUACAUGAGCAGCUACUUGAACCUCCCGGAUGCCGACUCGAAUCUUAUCCCGACGCCCCUGAGAACCUUCGUCUCCCAGGUGACCUUGGGCAAUCCUCUGUACAUCCGCGAGACGAUUGACCAGCUUCGCGAGCAUCACAUCCAGGUCAACGAGGGCGCGGGGGGACAGGUCAAGAACGUGGAGUGCAAGGACAUCGACAAGGUCAACGUGUCACAGUGGGGCCACACCGCAAUGAUCGGCAACACGGUCUGCGCACUGGAAGCCCUGGAUCCUUUAGAGGCCGCCGUUCUGAAGAUGUCGACGUGCUUCGUGGGGCCCUUUACCCUUGGGGAUCUCGCGGCGAGCAUCUGCUCAAGGUGGGCAGACUCGACGCAUUUCGACUUCCUGCGCUUGUUCCAGGCUAUCCGAAAGCUUCAGGAUCAGAAAAUGAUCGAAGCGGUGGACGUGCCGGAGGAGACCGAAACCAGGCAAGAGCAUCCCCUACACCCGAAACACGUUUUUGGGGGUUUAGGUUUCAGGGUUUUGGGGUUUUGGGGUUUAGGGUUUUAG